CGUCUAUUCAAUGCCGUACCAAACUAAUCUUGGCUCACUUGUCUCCGCUGUUAACUGCCUUUACCAAGCAUUUCGAUAUUCAGAUGUAAAUAGGGUGACACACCGACACACACCGCAUCCUGCUUGACGCUUGCUCUUGCCAUGUGUCGUCUCCGGGUCAGUACUCUAUGCGCCUCCACGAUUCUCCUUUUCUCUCCGCUUGUUCAGGCACAGAGCGAUGCUAGCCAUAUCCCGACUUCUACCGUUGCUAUAUGUCUCGUUGUCGUGGCUCUCAUCCUCCUCAUCGUAUCAUGCUCCCUGCAACGACACCGAGCCAUCCGUCGACAGCAAACGAUUUCCACCGUGCCGCCGGCACUCGUUUGCGAUAACGGGUUUCCGCAUGGACUCCAAUUCGGAUCUAACGUCUAUCGAUCACUGAACGGCCCCCUGCCUCAGCGAAACGGAGCAACCGAAUAUCCGCCCCUCAACACCACCGAGCUUGCACCGCCGCCAUACGUGAAGGAGGGUGGGGAGGGUUGUGCGCCUGUAUAUCAGCCGCCGCCGGGCCCAAUGCCCGGCAGCGAUGGUUCAUUUAAUCCCCCACUGGGUCCGCCACCGCCUGCUCACGUCGCCACACAUCCCCGUGUUUCCUCCGCGGGUUUCGCCGCUGCCCCUGGAACAACAUCGCCGCCGAUAGGUUCGCCACCUGCGUUCGAUCUAUUGACACGUCGCGACCCCGGGCCGACGUCAUAACACUGGCUCUGGGUGAUGCAUUCCCGUGGAAGGAGCUAUCCUGUAUCUUGUAUAUCAUACCCACUGUCUGCCGCUAUACGGAACGCGAUUUUGAUGGACGUACCGGGCUGCAUGUGGUCCUCAUUUACCGUGUCGCGCACUCACGCUCGGUCGCGUGAUCGUGCCAGCUUCGCUUCUGUUAACAAUUCCUGCUUCUAUCACAAGGGUGGCAGGGCGUGGGACGUUGUAGUCGACGCACCCGAAGUUGCCGGUCGACAUUCGAGCUGGCCGAGGGUUGAGGGUUGUGAGGGAUACUGAGGGAAGGUCUUCCCGACGCUUACGGGAACGAUUCUGCUGGAUUACUGUAGGGAGCAGCUAGGUCCCUGGCCGGUGGACUGAAUAUCAUGUGCUGCCACUCGGUAAUCCGCAGGAUCCAGAGGAUUUAACUGCGAGUCGAGUCCGUAGUGUGCUCUGCCACGCGUGCGAGUGCGAACGAGGGCGAGAAGUGGAGCGUUCUCUAAUCCUGGGACUGUCCCGGCUGCGGACCCGCAUGCAAUUCUUGACGAGCCUGGGCCUGGUGGCUUCAGGUUGUUGUGGUCCUGGAUUAGAAAUCUGCGGAGGAGAGGGGGAUUGCUGACCUGCCACCCCCCGCACUUGGCGCGCCGUCGGCGAUUAGUAUCCGGCAAUUGAUGCCGAACCUCCAAGCAUCCACGGUCUGUCGGGAGUCGGCGAGGCAUUACUGGGUAGGCAUCCUUGUCCCGCUCACGGGACCAACAUUUUUCACAACGCCUCGUUUCCUGUCUUUUCCUCCAACACUAUUUGACGGGAUCUGUCCACCCCUAGGGCUGCAAGUUACGGUUCAACAUCCGCGCAAUGAACUGUCCAGCCAAUUCCAACCGUCGCCGGGACUUGAACUCGUCAAUGGGAUUGAAGAGUGCGCUACAUUACUGCAUACGUUCAGCUAAGAGAACUCAGGAAUCUAGAGAGGUCUCGUGCAAAGUCCUUGAAACACGGACCCCUAUUCAUGCUCAAAUCGGUCAUAGGUAACAUUGUGGUCCAGUUUUUUUCACGCCACCAGGAAUCUGUACAGCCGCCUACCCUACCAAGAUCUGUAACAGGUGGCUGGAAACUUGGAGCUACCAAUUGUUCAACUCAUCAGAUUAUGAGGAGCUCAAAAUCAAUUCUCAGCAAAUCAUCUAUGAAAUAUGGGCCCGUGCUUCAGUGUUUGUGCGCGAAAAGGCGGAGUUUUGCUCGUUGGGUGUUGAGAAAGCACGGGGAUGAUUUCUGAUAAGUACAUUCUUUUCCAAACUAGCCAGCAAGUUG